AUGUUGAAUGUGUGCUGCGCGCCAGCGGCUCGAGACUCACAGGUGGGCCACGUGGCCAAGGAGGACGGAGCCGCGAUGGACUUGGCGCGUCUCCGAGAGCUUUAUAACCGGAGUAAAGAGACACAAAGGCUGCAAACUCGAGUUAUUUUGAGGGGCAAAGCAUCAAAGAAAGAAGAUGUUGGAGGUAAAUCUCUUGUAAACGUGGUUCCAAUUAGCCAGGAAGUGAGAAAUUGCACACCGUUUGAGGAACAGAUGCCCGUUAAACGCAUACUGUUUAAUUUAGCCGCUGACUUGGACAGUGACAAUAUUUUGUGGCGCACGCACCUGGGGAUGCAUCGGAUGAGCUCCAGCGUGCAAAGGGGAGGCGAAAAAGCUCCUGCAGGAAGAGUGGGCGGCCAGGAAUCCGCACAGACGCUCAUAUGCGUGGAGCGCAACAAGGCCUACGAAGAAGCCACUCGUGCGGAGAAGUCCGGUGAAACGCUGAGUGAACGAAGAAGUGCCGACGCAGACUGCUGGAAGCUGAUCGGUCCAACCCCCUUGUCCAGACGGCUGAGACAGUUGAGUUUAUCAGGGAACCAGUCACAAGGGAUGUCGUCCAGCUCGCAGCACUACCCCUUCCCUCAGCGCAAAUGGCAGAAGAAAUCUGAGGCUGCCAGGAGGCUUGGGAUGUAUUCAGUCACUGGAGAAGAAUGA